GUCAGAGUGAGUAUUAGCUGUAUUCGAGACAGCCAGAGAGUUACCGACUGCAUCCAAGUGUGUAUGUAUUUUACAGGAGUUAUUGUUAUAUCACAAAUAAGCUAGAAGUUUUAAUCUAAUACGCUGAAUGGAUUUUUAACGGAUAUAUAAAUAUUUAAACUAGUUUUGGAAAUAAGAAGUGUUAAACAUGGAGGGGAGAUUUCGGGGAGGAAUGUUGUCCCUCGUGGUGUUGCUGACGUUUUUUAUUGGUCACUUACACGCCCAGGGUGACUUUGGCGACUUUGGUGAUCUACCAGACUUGGGAAUAGGUUCAAGUCCUGUGGAUCUAGUUUUUGUUGUUGAUACAUCCAAGUUUUCAAACACUACUGAAUCUCUCGAUGAAGAAAUUACAGUCAAAACAUUUUUAACAUCAUUUCUCGAAUCCGCUGACGUAGAUUCCGGGGCUGUAAAAGUUGCUCUGGUUACAUACAGCACACAUCCAGAAGUAGUGUUCGAUUUAAAUAAAUAUUCUAAAGGAACAGACAUGGUCGACGCUAUGUUCACUGCUGAUUUCAUUCCGGGUGAAAGGAAUACCGCAGACGCAUUGGGACGCGUCCGUUCCCAGGUACUAGUCCGCGACAGACCAGAGGUUCCAAAUGUUGUUUUGUUGCUUACGUCUGGUAAAUCGAACCGCAAUGAGUACCGCACACUGCAAGAAGCUGAGGCGCUCAAGUACGCCCGCGCAAAUAUGUUUGUUGUAGGAUAUGGUUUGGACGAUAAGGCAGAAGAGGAAAUAAAUGAAAUUGCAAGUAAACCUACACAAGAAAACACAUUCAUCAUGAGUUCAGUGUAUGAACUUGAUAUAGUGAAAGAAAUAGUGUUUGCACAAAUAUUUACAAGGGCCGAACAAGCGUACAAUUCACCUGCCGCAGGCAGUGAAAUGCUGGAUGUUGCUUUUCUCAUCCACUUUUCUCAUACUAUGAAGAGACCAGAUUUUCAAAGAGUCAUAGAUUUCAUGAAAGCAACAAUUGAGUAUUCUGCCAUUGAUGAUGACAAAGUACGAGUAGGUGCUGCUAUGUUCCGAAAACGUGGAAUUGUCUUAUUUGACUUCAAUAGUUAUUACUCCAAAGACGAAGUUAAAUCGGGAAUCGACAAAAUUAAUUACAAUUACAGGGCAAAGUCUGCAAGUAUAACAGCUGGGCUGGAUACAGUCAGGACCUCGUUGCUUGUAGACUCGGCAGGGGUAAGACGUAAUGUUCCCAAUCUGGUCAUUCUGAUAACUGAUUCAAAUGCCGAUACGGAUGUUUCUGGGACCAUCAAAGCUUCAGAACAACUGAAAGCUGCAGGAACAGCUAUAUACACGGUCGGUAUAAAUGUAACAUACCCCGAUGAGCUGUAUGGACUUGCAUCUUCGCCUGAUUAUGCACUUAUGGUCAACAGUACAACUGGUUUAAGUGGUCAAGAAUACAGACUACAGGAAGCCUUUGUUGGAUUAAGAACAGAAGGUUUUCCAUUAGUUAUUCCGGCGUUUGAAACAACAACAACAACGUCAUCAACUACAACUCCAUCCACAACCACCACCGCCACCACUGUCAUGAAUAGCGAUGCGGCAGACAUUGUGUUCCUGAUUCACGUCUCAAAGAAAACCAAGACAAAGCUGUUUAAGAAAUACCUGCUUAAAUAUCUAAGUACACUUGCUAUGCGGACAGACAACAAAAAAGUAAAAUUCGCUAUUGUUACUUACGGGAAAGACGCUGAAACGAUUUUUGAUCUUCAGCACUUUCAAAAAAAGAAGACUAUAAAGAAAACUUUUAAGAAAGUUCCAAAGACCAAACGUUACAAAAUUGCUGACUUAACUGGCGCGUUGCAGUAUGUUGAAGACUCGGUUUUUACACAGGAAAAGGGAGAUAAUCCAAACAGUCCUAAUGGAAUUAUAAUUGUCUCCGACCAAGCGUCAAAGAAACUUAACGAGGAUCGUCUGAAAGAAGUAGCGAAAUCAUUAAAAAGCGAUGGGAUUGAAGUAUUUGCUAUCGGAAUUGGAAACGAUCCGAAUUUGCAAAACGAAAUUGAAAUAUUGACUGGUGAUAAUAAGGAUACGAAUAGUUACAUGGUCAGUGAUCACAUGGAACUCGCAAAAGACAGACAAUUAACUAGAACAUUUGCGGCGGCAUUCAGGCCAUUUUACCUCGAAGAAUUAGAUGUUGUAAUAGCCGUGCAUGUAUCACACAAUGUUAAAAUUCCCGACAUCAAGAAAAAGCUACUACCAUUCAUGAACGAUGUUGUUUCAAACAUGGACAUUGAGUCAGGAGCUGUUCGUGUCUCUUUUGUCGUAUUUGGGCCUGAUGCUAAAGUUGAAUUUGAUUUGAAGAAAAUGAAAAAAUCCAAAAAACUUCUUAAAGCUGUAAAGAGGGCACUUAAACCAAAACUUGUGAGAUCAAAAGGUUCCGAUAUUGUGAAAUUACUAAACCUGGUUCAAACUGAAGUCUUACUUGAAAAGAAAGGUGACAGACCGGACGUUCCUAACCUCCUCAUGAUCUUUACUGAUAGUGCGUCGAGUUCCGAUAUGUCAGAUAUAAUUCAAGAAUCUGCAGCAAUGAAACGUGGUGGAACUACCAUUUUUGCAAUCGGAGUUAAAGAUGCCGAAACAAAGGAAAUUGAAACUCUAGCAAGUGAUCCAGCAAAAGAUUUUUCUUUCAUCGGAAAGAAAUACGACGACUUUGCAACUUCUGCUGUACUUAGAGAAAAGCUAUCUAAGAUUAAACUAUUUGAAAACCUGAAAGUGCCUGAUACAGAUACGUCUGACGAUAAGAAACCUAAAACUCCAAAACCAAAACGUACCACAAAACCUCCACUAAAGACUACAGCUAAGCCCGACCCAACAACUCGAAAAUCGACGAGACCAGUCACAGAGCCGUAUACGGAACCUCAAAAAAUUACAACACCUCUUCCAACAGAAAGGCCGACAACCAAGAAAGUCACUACACCAGAGACUACAAUAUCAACAAUAACAGAAUUUCCUCUGGUUUUUUCUACUCCAUACUCGAUUCCGCUAUCAGAAGCAAGUAAGGCCGACAUAGUUAUAGCGGUACAUAUCACACCUGGAGCAUCACCAUUUGAUUUUGGAGCAGUGCAACAGUUCCUGAAAUCACUAAUAGAUAAUGCUAAUGUAGAGAACGAAGAUGUUCAAAUUGGCUUAAUGUUUUACGCUGCAGACCCUGAAGUCAUCUUUCACAUAAAUCAAUAUCAAAGUGUCGAUGAUAUGAAGAAAGAGAUUGACGGCUUAGACCCUCGGCGAAUGAGGUCUUACAGAACGGAUGCUUCUGGCGCCCUUGCUUUAGGCCGGCAAAUGUUGAGCUAUUAUUUCAACGGGCGUGAAGAUGUUCCUUCUGCAUUGAUAUUUGUCACUGAUGAACCUUCAAACGAGAAUGUUGACCUGUUGGAAGAGACAAAAGAAAGAGUAGUUGCAGAAGGGAUUAAGAUAUUUGCAAUAGGUGUAGGGAUGAAUGAUAAAAAAGAAUUGGAAACAUUAGCGACAUCGCCUGAAAAUGUAAUGAUGGUGAAAAGAUAUGGGCAACUCAAAGACGCCGCUGCAGACCUACAGGACAAGAUUUUAGCACUUUCUAAGAAAAAAGAAGAUACUACAACAAGAAAAGCAACGACGACAACAACAACUACAACAACCCAAAAAGUAAUGACCACUUCCGAGAGAUUUAUCACCCUAGCACCACCGCCGUUUUCAGAAAUACAAAUAAGAAAGGAAAUACCGCUCCGUGAUCAACCUAGAAUACCAUCAGUUUGUAGUCUUAUCCAGGUGGAUAUGAUAUUUCUUCUGGAUUCAUCGUCAAGUAUGGGCAGUCGUGAUUUUCAAAAUAUGAAGAACUUCCUUAAGUAUAUAGUUUCUGAAAUUGAUAUUAGCAAUGGAACCACGCGUGUUGGAAUUUAUACUUUCAACAGCCAGCCAAAACUCGAGUUUUAUUUAAACACUUACAGCACGAACGAAGAUGUUUUAAGGGCAAUCGAUAAUAUUCUGCAGGAAUUUGGUAACACAAACACUGCUGCUGCACUUCGUGUGCUUACGAAAGGUGGUUUUACCAAAGCUGGUGGAGACAGAGAAAAUAUUCCAAAUGUUGCUGUAUUGAUAACGGACGGACAGGCAAACAUGGAAACAGAUCAAACUUUGCCUGAGGCUCAGCUUGUAAAAGACACAGGAAUAUACCUAUAUACUUUCGCCGUUAAGCUUAGAAACUAUGAUGCGUUUCAGAAAAUAUCAUCUGCACCGACUAACAGAACAGGAGUAUUCCUUUCUAGCUUUGAAGCUUUAGUUUCAUAUGGACCUUCAUUCGUGCAGACGCUAUGUGAAGAUUGUCCUCCAUCUUUUAUCGACAUCGUUUUUGUACUUGAUUCAUCAACAAGUGUUGGUGCAACAAACUUCAUGAAAAUGCUAAAUUCCGUCAAGCAGAUGGUAAUUGACAUUAAUUUCCAUUCUAACGGUGUAAGAGUAGGUCUCAUGACGUUUAGCACUAAAUCAGACAUCAUCAUUCAACUAAAUGAAGUAUUAGACAAAGAAGCCCUUCUUCGAAAAAUCGAAAAAGUACCAUAUAAGUACGGUAACACGAAUACAGCCGAUGCAAUCCGAACAAUGCGCACGCAGAUGUUUCAAAGAGCACAAGGAGAUCGUGACGGCAUCAAAAAUGUUGCAGUGAUUAUAACCGAUGGAAUAUCGAAUGUGAAUAAUCAGCUUGUAGGUGCUGAAGCUCAACUUGCCCGUGAUGAUGGGAUACAAGUAAUUGCAAUUGGAAUCAACUUGAACAGUCUAAAUGAAUUAGACGGCAUUGCAAGUAAACCGCUACAAUACAAUAGGUUUGUUGUUGAUGACUUUGAUAGACUGGCAGAAAUCAAAAUGGACUUAUUCCCGAAAACAUGUCUAGGUAUCAAGUCACCGCGCACGCAGAAAGAUAAACGCUUUUUUCUAAAACUAGCUUGUCUAUGUCUGAAGUUAAUACACGUCUUAUAUUCUAACGUGUCACAUUUCUGUGAAAGCUUAUUAGGAUGUUUCCCGUCAGCAGUGGCACCAUAUUACAUAGUUAGAGUAAUAAUUGUAUCUUUAUUGUUCAACAAACCUCUUAAGCAUGCAUACGACAAAUAUUCUUGUGGUAGUACACAAUUUGACUUGGUGAUAAUUCUUGACGCAUCAACUAGUGUUCAGCCAGACAACUGGAACAAAAUGCUAUUAUCUUCACAAAGACUUGUUCGAGACAUUGAUACUGAUGGUGACAAUGUUAGAAUUGGUGUUCUAGUCUUCAGUAGUGAAGCAGAGGUUAAGUUUCACUUAAAUACAUAUAACAAUAAGGCAGCUAUUAUAGAGGCUAUAUCUAAAAUCCGGUAUACGUAUGGACGUACAAAUACUGCAGCUGCUUUGAAAUUAAUGAGGACAGAAAUGUUUAGCCCUGAAUAUGGCGAUAGACCAGAAAUUGCAAAUGUUGCUAUAGUGAUAACGGACGGGGAAUCAACAAUAAACCAAAACAGUACCAUACCGGAAGCAAACAGGGCACGUGCACAAGGAAUUCAAAUAUAUGCCAUAGGCAUAGGAUUGUCAGCAACGGCAGAACUCGAUGGAAUAGCUGGGAGAACAGAGAAUCGGUAUUUUAUUGACAACUUUGAUGAAUUGGACGAAAAAAUGGAAAGAAUAUAUAGAAAUCUUUGUCCUGAAACAACAACGCAAAGGCCUACAACAACAACACCAAUUCUGAUAGCUACAUCACCUAAAGGCCCUUGCACUCGUACCAAUAUUGACCUAGUUUUCGUCUUGGACACUUCCACAAGUGUUAAUGAGGACAACUUCCGGGUGAUGAUAUCGGCAGUGAAAGGUUUUGUUAGCGACGCCGACAUAGAUUCUGGAAAUACCCAAAUAGCGAUUAUCACAUACAGUACAAGAGUCCAUGUUGAAUUCGACCUUAAAACUUAUAAAACGAAAGAACAACUCCUGAACGCAAUAGAUGAAAUAGACUAUAGGUACGGCGAUACCAAUACAGCUGAUGCAAUAAAGACUAUGCGGACACGGAGUUUUUCAUCAUUUUACGGUGAUAGAGAAGAUAUUCCAAAUGUUGCAGUAAUUGUGACUGACGGUGUCUCGAAUAUAAACCAUUAUGAAACCAUUCCAGAAGCGAAAUUAGCAAGGCAGUCUGGGAUUGAAAUAUAUGCUAUUGGUGUUGGUGUUUCCAAAACUGAAGAACUCGAUGCAAUAGCUGGAAACUCAGCAAAAAGAUUUGACAUUGAAAAAUUUGAAGAGUUAGAAAUUAAUCUUGAUGCUGUGUACAAAUCGCUUUGUGUUGUUUGUUCAAGUACAGCAUUAGAUGUUGUUUUUGCACUGGAUUCAUCGACGAGUUUGGGAAAGAAGAACUUUCGAACUAUGCUUGAUGCAACGAAAUCAUUCAUUGCCAGUGCAGACGUAGACUUGGGAAAAACAAGGAUUGGAAUGCUUAUUUACAGCACACAUACUUCAGUACAGUUCCAUUUGAACGAGUUUAAGACAGAAAAGGAGCUGUUUGACGCUUUGGAUAGUAUUGAAUACAUGGCAGGAAGCACUAAUACUGCAGGGGCGAUCAAUGUAAUGAGAAAUGAAAUGUUCACAAACAAACAUGGGGCCAGAACAGAAGCAGAUAAAAUUGGAAUAAUAAUAACUGAUGGUGUUUCUAAUAUUGACUAUCACAAAGUUAUUCCUGAGGCGGACCAAGCUAGAGAGAAAGGAAUUAUUUUGUUAGCAAUAGGAGUUGGAUUGAGUAAUACGCUUGAGUUAGAUGGAAUAGCUGGUCGACCUGAAAAUAGGCUUAAUGUUGAUAGAUUUGACGAAUUAGAAUUUAAACUUGACACACUAUUUCGAUCUACCUGCAAUGAUGUGAUAGUUAACUCUGACCUCCCGAGACUAUCAUGCGGACAGCAAGAUUUUGACAUAAUAUUUGUUCUUGACUUGUCUGAAAACGUGAGAGAACCAGAGUUUGAAAAGGUGUUGAAAACUAUUCACGAUUUCGCCUCUGCAGUUAACGUUGAUGAAGGUCGUGUUCAGGUUGGGAUGUUAGUGUACGAUUCUUUUUUGUUUCAUUUGAAUAACUACAGAACAAAUAAAGACUUAAUGAAAGCUAUCCUAAAUACUAGACGGCCCAGUAGCCAGUGGCCAUUUUCGGAUGGAAUAGAUUUUUUGAAAAAUUUCAUGUUCACGAAGGUACAUGGUGACAGAGAAGAUGUGCCAAAUAUUGCAGUUAUAAUUACUGAUGGAAAGUCAGAUUUGGCGUCAAGAAGAUCUCGGGAGAAUUUAAAGGCAUUGACAAUGGAAGGAAUACGUUUACUUCUUAUAGGAAUUAAAAUAGAGUCAUCGGCUGAGUUUAAUAAUGUAGCUGACUAUAUUGCAACAGAAUCUGCGCUGCUUCUUCCAAAGUUUGACGAAAUGGAAUUACGUAUUGAUGACAUAUUCACAUUCGUUUGCAUGGGUCGUUAUGCACAGCCAGAAUGCAAACUUGGCAAUUCAGAUCUUGUGAUUAUAAUUGAUGCAUCAACAAGUGUGACGGAGGCUAAUUACAAGAAACAGUUGAAAUUCACGAAAGAUCUUCUCCGAAAAUCAGACAUUGAUUCAGGAGCUGUCCGUGUCGGUAUACUCAUCUACAGCACAGAGGUCGAGAUACAGUUCCAUCUGAACCGGUAUUCUACCAAGGCUGAAGUCUUUAACGCCAUAGACAAUAUCCCUUACAUCUAUGGAAGUACUAACACCGCUGACGCUCUGGCAACAAUGCAAAACGUCAUGUUCACGUCGAGGAAUGGAGACCGUCCUGACGUCCCUAAUACUUGUAUAGUAGUUACUGACGGUAUAUCGAACAUCAAUUCAAGAAAAACUAUACCAAAUGCUGAGGCUGCCAGAGCAAAAAAUAUUCAUAUUUAUGCUGUUGGCAUUGGUCUACGGGAUACUAGAGAAUUGGAUGGCAUUGCUUCUGUACCAGCUAGCGAGAACAGUUUCAAUGUGCAAAACUUCGAGGAGCUCGAAGGCCUUGACAGAAAGAUUUUCUCUGCAUUGUGUCCAACUGAACCAGAAAUAACAACACUAGCACCUACUAAGCAACCAGGUUGCGGGCUGGCAGAAGUCGAUCUUGUUAUCAUUAUUGAUGCGUCUACAAGUGUCACUGAGCCAAACUUUCAGAAAAUGCGUGAUUUCUGUAAAGACCUUGUAGACUAUGCAGAUGUUGACUCAGGGAGUGUACGCAUUGGUGUACUUAUAUACAGUACAGAAGUUGAAGUCCAGUUUAACUUGAAUCAGUACAAGACAACCACAGCUGUUAAAUCUGCUAUUGAUAAAAUUCCGUAUAUAUACGGCAGUACGAAUACUGCCGAUGCUAUCCAGACUAUGCAUAGCAGGAUGUUCACGAGAUCUGCUGGUGAUCGAGCAGGUGUUCCCAAUGUCGCCAUUGUUUUAACUGAUGGUAUUUCAAACAUCAACUCCAGAAGGACUAUUCCAGAAGCUGACAAUGCAAGAGCUAAAAGGAUUGAUAUAUACGCAAUCGGUAUUGGUUUGACUGACACUAGAGAGGUUGAUGCAAUAGCAAAUAAACCAACAAAUGAGUACAGUUUCAAUGUGCAGAAAUUCGAAGAACUAGAGGGAUUGGCAGAGACCAUCUUUGGCGGAGAAGGAGACGGCACCGGAUGCGGCAAACCAGUAACAACCACUAUAGCUCCAGAGCCAACUUGUGGCUUGACAAAAGUCGACGUGGUAAUCAUUCUUGACGCCUCCACUAGUGUAACUCAAGUAAACUUUGACAAAAUGCUCCAGUUUGCUAAGGAUAUCGUCGAUAAAGCGAAUGUAGACAGCGGAAGCGUACGAAUAGGAGCUUUGAUUUAUAGUACGGAGGUAGAGAUCCAGUUCUAUCUGGACCAGUAUAAAACAAACGACGACAUUAAAGCAGCAAUUGAUCAAAUUCCAUACAUCUAUGGAAGUACAAACUCUGCUGAUGCCCUUAAAGUGAUGCACGAAAAACUGUUUGAUCAGCGACGAGGUGACAGGAGGGACGUAGAGGAUGUAGCCUUUAUGAUAACAGAUGGUAUAUCAAACAUUAACAGCAGGAGAACCAUUCCCGAAGCCGAGAGGGCGAGGGCAAAAGGAAUAAAGGUUUAUGCAAUCGGUAUCGGUUUGACGGAUACUAGAGAGUUGGAAGGAAUGGCAUCCGAACCUAAAACAGAAUAUACAUUUAAUGUUCAGAAAUUUGAUGAGUUGACUGGUUUGGUUGAAACUAUAUUUGGUGGCGGCGAAGAGUGUGUAAACGAGCCACCUGUUGCUGACGCCGGUAGUGAUGUUAAUAUACAGCUUCCGGUCGAUUAUGUAACGCUUGAUGGAUCAAAAUCUACUGAUGACGUUGAUGUCGUUGAAUAUCAGUGGAUUAAAAAGUCUGGUGGGCGGGUCUCUAUGCGAGGAGAGGAAAGCGCCAUUCUUAACCUUGACAAUCUCGAAGCCGGUGAAUAUGUAUUCACACUCACCGUAUUCGAUGUUGAUGGUCAAAGUGAUGACGACGAUGUAACAGUUGUUGUAGAAGAACAAGAUUUCCCUCCCGUGGCUGACGCUGGAGAUGAUGUCGAAAUCCAGUUACCAGAUAACACGGUAACGUUGAAUGGACGUAGAUCAACUGAUGAUAUUAAAAUAGUUAGUUAUCAAUGGGAAGUUAUUGCCGGGGAUGAGGAUACUUUGGCCAUGAAAGGAAUGGAUACUAGCCAUCCCAAAAUAACUGGCCUGGAAGAAGGACAGUAUACAUUGAAACUAACAGUUUAUGACGAGCUUGGCCAAAUGGACGAGGAUACAGUAGAUAUCAACGUUAAAGCUCAAGAUUUCCCUCCGAUGGCUGACGCUGGAGAUGAUGUCGAAAUCCAAUUACCAGAUGACACAGUCACGUUGAGUGGAGAUAGAUCGACUGAUGAUAUUAAAGUUGUUAGUUAUCAAUGGGAAAUUAUUGCCGGAGAUGAGGGUUCUGUGGAUGCCAAAGGAAUGAAUACAGUCAGUCCAACACUUAGUGGACUGAAAGGAGGACAGUAUUCAUUGAGACUAACAGUUUAUGACGAGCUUGGCCAAAUGGACGAGGAUACAGUGGAUAUCAACGUUAAAGCUCAAGAUUUCCCACCUACGGCCGAUGCUGGAGAUGACAUAAAGAUCCAGUUACCAGUUGACAAAGUCACAUUAAAUGGGAUUGAAUCAACCGAUGAUAUAGAAGUAGUUAGAUAUGACUGGGAAGUAAUCGCGGGAGAUGACGGAACAGUUAUUGAAGGAGUCGAUACAGCCACUCCAACCGUCACCGGACUUAAAGAAGGAUCAUAUACAUUUCAGCUUACUGUCUUUGAUCAACUUGGUCAAAUGGAUAUUGAUGAAGUAGAUGUUCUUGUUAAAGCCCAAGAUUUUCCACCGGUUGCAAAUGCUGGCGAUGAUGUAGAGAUCCAGCUGCCGAUAGAUAAGGUUACAUUAAGUGGUGAAAAGUCCACUGAUGACAUACAAAUUGUUGCUUAUCAAUGGGAAGUUGUGUCAGGAGAUUCCAUACAGCUCGACGAUGAAGGAUCUGCCACUCCUACAGCAAUGGGCCUUGAAGCUGGAACAUACAAACUUAAACUCACUGUCUUUGAUGAACUAGGUCAAUUUGAUGAGGAUGAAGUUAAUAUCAACGUAAAAGCUCAAGAUUUUCCACCUGUUGCAAAUGCUGGUCCUGACGUUGACAUCCAGUUGCCUGUUGACACGGCGACCGCAAGCGGUUUUAAAUCAAGCGAUGAUAUAGGAAUAGUGCGCUAUGAAUGGUCUAUUGAUGAUGAUUCAGUCAAACUUAAUGGAGCAGAUUCGAUGGAUGUCACGGCAUCUGGACUCCAAGUUGGUCAAUACACGUUAACUCUUACCGUGUAUGACGAACUAGGCCAAACUGAUAAAGACGACAUGGUUAUUAAUGUAAAAGAGAGAGAUUUUCCACCGAAGGCUGACGCUGGGCGUGACGUCACCGUAAAACUACCUAAUGACGAGGUAACUUUAGAUGGAAGGCGUUCAACUGAUGACGUAGAAGUUGUUGGAUAUUCAUGGGCAUUAAAGUCUGGAGACGACAGUACACUAGUCAUUGGCCGCACUGAUACCCCGGAACUAAACGUGCGAGGACUGAAAGCUGGCUCCUACACAUUUGAAUUAACCGUUGUUGAUGCUCUUGGCCAGACAGAUGUAGACACCGUUGAUAUUACAGUAACAGCUGCUGACAUUCCGCCUGUAGCACGUGCUGGUGAUGACGUCACAAUAAAACUUCCUGUAAAUUACGUCACACUUGACGGACGCAGAAGCUCCGAUGACGUUGGCAUAGUACGAUAUAGGUGGCGAUUGAGAUCUGGGGAUAGAUCUGCCCUGGAAAUGGAUGGGGACAGGUCUCCGGUUUUGAGAUUAAGUGAAUUGAAACCUGGCAAUUAUAGAUUCAGUCUCACUGUUAUCGAUGGUCAGAAACUGAAGGAUACUGAUUAUGUUGAAGUUACCGUAUUGCCAGACGAUCCACCAGUCGCCGAUGCUGGGGAGGAUAUUACUGUACAGCUGCCCCAGGAUCAGGUUACACUGUAUGGGGACCAGAGUACUGAUGACAUCAAUAUAGUACAGUAUGACUGGAAACAGGUGUCAGGGGAUAGAUCGGUUGUAAUGGACGGAAGCGACAGACCAAAUAUGGAUGUAUAUGGUCUUAAAGAAGGAACGUAUACGUUUGAACUGGCGGUUACAGAUGAAUCUGGAAAUCAAGAUACAGAUGAAAUGACGUUAGUGGUUUUACCAGAACCUACAACAACAGAAGAACCAUGUGGUCUGGACAAAACCGAUGUUGUUUUUGUAGUGGAUGCUUCCACAAGUGUCACCGAGGAUAACUUUAAGAAACAGCUUGAAUUUAUGAAAUCGAUCAUAGAGUUUGCUGAUGUGGACUCAGGUAGUGUACGAUUUGGCGCAUUGAUUUAUAGUACCGAAGUAGAAAAACAGUUCGACCUGAAUGAAUUUAGAACCAAAAAGGAAGUUCUGGCAGCCGUUGAUAAUAUACCUUACAUUUACGGCAGCACAAAUACUGCUGAUGGCUUGAUGACAAUGAGAAAUGACCUGUUCAGUUUUAGACGAGGUGACAGAGAUGACGCACCAAAUGUUGCCAUAGUGAUCACAGACGGUGUAUCAAACAUCAACAGCAGACGAACUAUACCGGAAGCUGAGGAAUCAAGGGAUGUCGGGAUACAUAUAUAUGCUGUCGGUAUCGGUUUAACAGACACUAGAGAAUUAGAGGGCAUUGCGUCAGUACCAGCAAGAGAAAAUGCAUUUGCUGUGGCCGAUUUUGAUGAGUUAUCAGGACUAGGGACCAAAAUAUUCACUGCUUCGUGUGCUGUUACAACAACAACAACCACUACUACCACGACUACAACAACAACUACUACUACUACGACAGCUCCGCCAACGACUUCCCCGAGCUGCGGUUUAUCAAAGACUGACCUAAUCUUUAUCCUCGACGCCAGCACAAGCGUAACGGAGGUAAAUUUCCAGAAGAUGAGAGAUUUCUUGAAAGACUUCUUGAAAAAUGCGGACAUCAAUUCCGGCUCCGUCAGAGUGGGAAUCAAUAUCUACAGUACAGAUGUGCGGAUCAUGUUUCAUUUGAACGAAUACACGAAGGAGAAGGAUGUCAUGGCUGCGAUUGACAACAUACCGUAUAUUUACGGCUCAACAAACACUGCAGAUGCCCUGAAAGUAAUGAGAGACGAAAUGUUUGUGACAUCCAGGGGUGAUCGGCCUGGUGUACCUAACGUGUGUGUACUGCUCACGGACGGUAUUUCCAACAUUAAUUCGAGGAGAACAAUACCUGAAGCUGAAGACACAAGAAACGAUAAUAUUCACAUCUAUGUAAUUGGUAUUGGUUUGUCGGAUACCAGAGAGGUAGAAGGGAUAGCGUCGCCUCCAGUGAACCAAAAUCUUUUUGCCGUCAAUGACUUUGAUGAAUUGGUAGGACUUAAGCAACGAAUGUUUAGUGGUGCUCAAUGUGAAGAUAUUUUUAUUGCUGAUAGAUAUUUGCUUUUUCUGUCUUUCUGGAUUUCUUCAAUUCUUAUUUGCAUGCUUGGAUUUUCAGCACCACCUUGCGGAUUUACGGAUGCUGAUGUAGUGUUUUUAUUGGACACAUCAACAAGCGUUACGAACAAAAACUUUCAAAAAAUAUUAGAAUUAACGAAAAAAUUUGUUAGGGAAGCUGAUAUUGACAGCGGUAGCGUUAGAAUUGGCGUUGCUAUUUUUAGUACAUCAGUUAGCGUACAAUUUCAUUUAGACACUUUCACUAUUAAAGCUGAUAUUCUUAGAGCAAUUGGCAACAUUGUAUAUGAGUACGGCUCUUCAAACAUAUAUGAUGCUCUUAAAACAAUGCGAACAAAAAUGUUUCGUAGACGAAUGGGGGAUAGAAGUGGUGUACAAAAUUACGCAAUUCUGAUAACCGAUGGUGUAAGCAAUUUAAACCAAAGGAAGGUUUUACGGGAAGCCAGACGGGCUUGGGCUAAUAAUAUUCACGUGUAUACGAUUGGAAUUGGUAUACCUGAUACCACCGAGAUCAAGAAUAUUGCGACACCACCAGCUUCUGAAAACAGCUUUGCUGUUCGUAACUUUGAUUUACUCGAUGAUAUCCCUAAACAAAUGUUCAAAGGAACAUGUAAAAGAGAUGAACCACCUGUCGCUAAUGCGGGUCGAGACGUUCUCAUUCAGCUUCCUGAUGACGUCGUGAUGCUCUCUGGCGAAAGGAGUACUGACGAUAAAGGAAUUGAGCGAUACGUUUGGACUCAAAUUAGCGGACCACCGGUCACUGUGGCACCGUCCGAUAAUCCUUAUUUAGAGCUCACUGAUCUGAAGGAAGGCACCUAUGAGAUUGAGUUGAAGGUAAUUGAUGCCGCGGGACAUGAAGACACAGAUACUGUCACUAUAGACGUCCUCCCUGAAAUCGAUUUGCCACCCCGCGCUGACGCCGGGAUCGACCAAACAAUUCAACUACCAAAGGACAGAGUUGUACUCGACGGCAGUGGCAGUAGCGACGACAAAGGUAUCGUACAAUACGAAUGGGAGCUUUCUUCACCAAGGGACAGGUCUGUCAUCCUCAGGGGUGAUGACUCUCGUCAACUGACGGCAGAUAACCUGAAAGAAGGAUCAUAUGUGUUUACCUUAACAGUAAAGGACAAGAAAGGACAAAGUGAUUCCGACAGCGCAAGAAUAACAGUACUUCCACCUCGGGACGAACCUCCAAUCGCCAACGCUGGGCGUGACUACGAAAUUCAGCUUCCAAAAGAUUCUGUGACUCUUGAUGGAAGCAGAAGUACAGACGAUAUCGGCGUUACGUCAUACCGGUGGUCGAUCAUUUCCGGUAACUCUCGCGGUGUUAGAAUGUCCGGUGACAGAACAGAUACAUUGAACCUGGACAACCUGAAGGAAGGAGAGUAUGUAGUGAGACUUGUUGUCAGUGACAAAUCUCGUCAAACGUCUUCUGAUGAAGCUCGCAUCGUUGUCAAACCAGCUCCUAGAAGAACUGACGGAUAUGACGUUAUAUUCAUCCUUGACUCAUCUGUUAGCCCAAGUCAGUUCAGAUGGAUGAAUGAUUAUGCUAGAAACGUCAUACGGGAAAUGAGCAUCGACGAUGGCGAAUUCAGAGUUGGAUACCUUAUCUACAGUAACGGAGCAUACCGACAGUUUGAUCUGGACUCGAAUGAUAACAAGGCAGAUGUCCUGGCAGCAGUUAAUAGGGUCGGCUAUAGACCCGGAAGUAAAAACACUGCAGCCGCUUUCAAAUUUGCACGGUACCGGAUGUUUACCCCAGAAAAUGGCGACCGUGACUUUGCUAAGAAUUACAUCGUGCAUCUUACGGGCGGUGCCCCAAGUAAUGACCCCUACGAUUCAGCAACAGAAGCCUGUGGACUCCAGAACGAGAGAGUAGGAAUGUUUGCAGUGGGCUUUGGGGAAGUACCAGACUUUUCCGAACUCGACGCUCACUCUUCCUUGCCCACAGAUGAUUACGAAAUGCUAAUCAGAGCAGAGAGCGAAAUGGGAGAAAUGCCAGGACUUAUGUUAUACCAGCUCAAAAAUGGAUCUCCAAGACCUUCUCCUUGCCCAACUCUGCCACCAACAACCACUGGCGAACCUGGAGUUUGUUCAUCAAGUGGCGAUAUUAUUUUUGUACUGGACUCCAGUGGUUCUGUUGGACAAGACAAUUUCUACAGAGUUUUGAACUUCACCUACUCCACGAUUGAUGGCCUUGACAUUGAUAACGGGCGGUUCAGAGUCGGUGUCACAACUUUCAGCGAUACUUCCAGACUCGACUUCAACCUCAAUGAGUUCUCAAAGAAAUAUGAUAUGGAGAAUGCUUUAAAACAGGUUGUGUAUAUGUAUGGAAAUACUCACACUGCGCAUGCGCUGAGGAGAGUCAGAUUGGAAAUGUUCACAACAGCCGCCGGAGAUCGACAAGAUGUUCCAAAUGUGGUGGUUAUCAUCACGGACGGGCAGUCGAAUGUGAAUCAUGAACUGACCAUUCCCGAAGCUAGGGCACUUAAAUCAGCUGGUGUUACAAUUAUAACUGUGGCUGUUGGGUUUACAUCAGAAACAAGUGAACUUAUUGGUUUGACGUCACCACCCGUCAGUGAGAACCUUAUCUAUGUACAGAACUACGAAUCACUUGACAAACUGAAACAGCAGCUGAUCAACCCACUUUGUACAGAUUCAAACAUGUGUAGGAGGAAACCUUGUCAGAAUGGAGGGUCGUGCAUGGAUGGUAUCCGAAGCUUUGUGUGCUUGUGUCAGGACGACUUCUUUGGAGACACUUGCAACAAACGCUGUGGCGAGCCUGCCGAUGUUGUUGUUGUCCUUGACUCAUCGAACACCGUUGGAGAAUACAACUUUGGAAGGCUUAAAGAGUACGCUGAACAUUUGGUACGAGAAAUGAACAAGGAUUCUUGUGAUAUCAAUAUUGGUUUCCUUAAAUACAGUUCCGCUGCAAUGGUACAAGUCAGUCUCGGAAUGCACACAGACACAGAGACAAACGUUCGUGCUCUUGAUCAGAUUUCAUACAGCCGUGGCCGAGCAAACAUGGCCGCAGCUUUCCGAGCAUUGAGGACCGAAAUGUUUAAUGGACGGAAUGGAGACCGGCCAAGUGCGAGAAAUAUCGCUUACUUCCUGACAGACGGAACUAAUGACGUGAACGCUGAGAUGGCGGAACCAGAAGCGGAACUUACGAUAUCUUCCGGUGUAAGAAUCAUUCCAAUCGGCAUAAAUCUCAGGGAGAGGUUUGAAUUAGACAAUAUUGCAAGCAACCAGGGUAUCAACGUUAUCGAAAUCAGUGAUGAACCUAACCUUCUAGAAAAUACUGACACCAUUCUUCAACCCUUAUACGAAGGCAAUGACUUCUGUGCUGAAGAUCCAUGCGCCAAUGGCGGAACUUGUGAGAACGAACCAUUUGGAUUUACAUGUGACUGUCCAGUUGGCUAUACAGGGGAAACAUGUCAGAAACGUUGUACAGCAAGAGGUGACGUCGUAUUUGCUGUAGAUACGUCACGUUACGUCACAAGAAGUGAACUGAAGAAGGUGCGCCGAUUCUUAAGAUCUAUAGUGAAGAGAAUGAGGUUCAAGCGUAACGAAUUUAGUGUUGGUAUGGUACAGUUCACAGACUGGGCGAAGGUCAGUCUGGACUUCAAUGAUGGAAAAUCGAAGAAAGCUGUGCGCUCUAGCAUUGCUGGACUCAGAGUACACGGAGGUGACCCAGAACCGGCAACUGCUCUGGCUAAAGCCAAUUACAGAAUAUUUGAUAGCGCUGGCGCCAGCCGUGAUAAACCAGACUACCUCAUCCUUGUAACGAAGAGCAUGCGCAAUGAACUGGAUAUCUUAAAGGAAUCCAAUAAACUUAAGCUCCGAGGAACCAGAGUCCUAGGAGUUGGUCUUGGUUUGACGGACGACGAGCGUGAGUUUAUGGAAUCCACUGUGUCUAUGCCUUACCAAGAGACAGCUAUGUUCGCCAGUGACGCCAAGGAGCUUGCUGACAUCGCUGAUAGAGUGGUGGAAUACAUGUGUGACGAUGAAGACUUGUGUGCUGAGAAUCCAUGUCGUAAUGGAGGUGUUUGUCAGAGACUGGGAGGUGAUUUCUACUGUGAAUGUGGUGUCGGAUUUGCUGGAAAAUUCUGUGAAAACAGAUGUCAAGCACGUGCUGAUGUAGUGUUCUUGCUUGACUCGAGCGGCAGCGUUGGACAUGUAGACUUCCGUCGAGUAAAACAGUUCGUACAUAACAUGGUUAGUGAGCUACAGAUCGGUCAAGACAAAACAAGAAUUGGAUUGGUGACAUACAGCUCACAGAGCAGACAUGGUUUCUUCAUGAGCGAGUAUUAUAGCUUGUAUGAAUUACAAAAUGCAAUCGCCGGUAUAAGCUACGAGUAUGGUGACACGAACACAGCUGCUGGUCUCAGGCUCGUCCGGGAACGAUACUUCGGCGGAGCAAAUGGAGACAGACAGAAUAUUCAGAACUUCCUUGUUGUUGUCACUGAUGGCGUUUCCAACAUUAACCCAGACGAAACUAUUGUGGAGGCCGGUCUGCUUAAAGACGAAGGUGUACAUGUUUAUGCCGUCGGCAUUGGUAAAUUUGAUCCGUAUGAGAUAAACAACAUUGCCAGUGAGCCAGCUUCACAAAAUGCCUUCAUCCUUAGCGACUACACGGCUCUUGGUAACAUUUCCAGCAGUAUCGUGAAGAAAACUUGCAGAGAUCCGACUGUAUGUGAUGAGAACCCAUGUAGAAACGGUGGUCUAUGUGUGCCGGGAAUUAACGGACCAUUCUGUGAAUGUCGUGCAGGAUAUAGGGGAGAAUAUUGCCAAGACUCUUGUGUCACUGUGAAGGACAUCUACUUCCUAAUGGACAGUUCAGAUAGCAUUGGCGCCAAGAACUACCAAACCGCCCUCAACUUUAUAGCCUCUAUAGCAGAAGAGUUUAGCGGUGAAGGCAGUUACAACAGAUUCUCCCUGCUUACAUUCAGCGAUGAUGUCCAGAUCGUCUUCUCUCUCGGUCGAUACACCCAACUCCCUGUACUAAUGAAUGCCAUCAAAUUUGCCCGCUAUAGACCAGGAAGCACAAAUACAGCGGAUGCCCUUGCAACUGUCAGCGAGAUAGCGGUGGACGCCCUGGGUGAUCGACAUGACGCAGAGAACAUUAUCUUCCUCAUCACAGACGGAAAUGGCAAUGUUAAUGAAGAAACUACGGUGAAUCAAGCACAACAUCUGAAGGACAAUGGCGCCAGGAUAAUACCGAUCGCUGUUAAUAUGAAUGACUAUUCGGAGAUAGAACAAAUAGCAAGCAAUAAGAAGGACAUUUUCAAAGUUACCAAUUUCAGUAGUUUAGAAUCUAUAUUAGAAGAUUUAAUUAUAACGACUUGUAAGAACGGUAAUGAAAUUACCACUGAAGGUUAACCAUAGUUAUCAAUUGUAUGUUGUUUUAUGAAGAAAUAUGAAAGACAGUAAUUUGUAUUGUGUACCAAUGCUUGCUUGUUGUACCCUAACACAGUAGAUUUGUACAGAUGUGGGGUGGUAAUUUGACGGUAAAGAGCACCAGGAUAUUUCUACGGUUUGCGGGGAAGUCAGAGGUUAAAUAUUGAUUAAUUAGAAUAUCUUAAUAUACUUCAAGUUAGAGGUGUGGUCUGCUCAGCCUGUAUGGUAUUAUCGCUCACUUGAAUCACUUCAAAGUUCAAAACUCCGGUUUGAAUGUAGAAUUAUGUCAUAUAUAGAGUCAACCACUUAGCUGUGGUUCCAUCUAUAUGCCCACCCGUUCCUGAAAUAUCGUAUGUCCCAAUAGGCACGUAGGAUCUAGCCCAGUCAUUAAAGCUGCAAAUGAUCGCCACGACGUAAAAUGUGUAAAAAUGUCUUAAAACCACCAAGAACAAAUCAACUAUGUCCCUAAUCGUAUAGCUUCUUAAGCAUGAACUGUCAAGUUAUCAUCCUAGAUUUAUAGUUAUUUCCCCGCAGCCACCAAAGCACCAGGUUCAGCCAGGGUUACGUCAUAAUGACGUAAUGAUCUGGUUGUUCCGUAAAACAAAUGUAUUGCGACUGUUCCUUAAUGUGCGACAAAAAUAUGAUGACAAGUGAUGUUUUCAUACAUAAAAGUUAGUUAUUCUAUGAAAUAUAAUACGAAUAGUAUGUUUCAUUUAUAUAUACAUUUAUAUGCAGUAUCAUGUUUUCUUUGUGUCUGUCUUUUAGAUCUAUAUGCUUAUCGAUACGAUUUUAGUUGUAUGAAAGUGCCUUAAAAUAGAUGCAAGCGUGAACUUUUACACAAACUGUGUUGAACAUGUUAUGUUCUAUGCCUAAAUUAGGUAUACAUCUGUGACGUACUUAGCUCCAUUACAGAAUCUACAUUUAUUUGGGAGAUAGGAGCACCACAUGUAUGACAAACAUUUGUUUAAAUAUAGAAUAGAUCUACUUAGACUGCUUAUUUCUAAUGUUUUAUAUUCAUUUGCUCAUAUAACCUCUGGUACUUCCAUAUUUUCAUCGACAUUAUGUUCGUACUGAUAAGGUUAUAUCUAAACACCUCAAGAUAGUGACGUCAAAGAUAAAAUUGAUCAAACAAAAAUUGUAAACUUUUCUUUGUUUUUGUUUAAUUCUUAUGAUAUCUAAUUAUCCAUUUGCAAUUUUUUUCUCUAUUUUUUUGUUUAAUACUUGCGAUAUCGUAUGUAUUAAAAAGAACGGACAUUAUACUCUGGUAAAAUUGUAAUGUUUUCGAAGUCAGUACAUUGAUAAAUUAGACAAUGUUCGAGUACAUUGGCGCAUAUCCACUAGCGUGACAUAAAUUAUCCAUAAUUAGAUAUAACCUUAUGACAUCAUAAUCCAAAUUAUUGUUGUAUAUAUCAUUUUGUUUAUUUCAUAUUAUUUUGUGUUAGUAAAUGAUAUGUAAAAUAUUGAAAUCCAACUAUUAUCUGCAAAUACGACAGCAAAACAGACUUUUAGAAAGCAAAGAAAAUUGAUAAAAAAUAGUACAUUUGUGACAAAAAUGUUUUUUGUCUACACCACACGAUUUUUAGAAAAGAAAACGUUAUCCAACUUUUUAGCCACAUUGUAUACACGCACUUAUAGCUUAUCGACAUGUAAAAAUUUAUAUAUUAAUCUACGACCAUUUAUUAUUAAUUAUGUAUUAUAUUACUUGAAACAAUCAGAUGAAGUGACUGGCUACGGGAGUUUAGCAUUCCGUAAAUGUUUUAGUUUCUUAAGUUUCUGUAUAGAUUAUUAUUCAGGGCAGUUUCUUCACUCUUUUUCAAUUAUUCUUUUUUUCGUUUUCAUUUGCUUUAAGACGGUUAUUCGGAAAAGGUAAAUGAUAAGUAACAGGCUAAGAUAAUAAUCUGUGUAAAAAAAGUGUUAAAAAAUCUUACAAAAGCAUUUUAAACUUUAUAUUUAUUCACCUAUUAAAUGAUUUCUGUUCUAGUGAUUAAUUGGCAUAUGUCAAAUGUGGUAAAAGCACAAACAUCUUACACGAAGAAUGUUUUCGUAAAUAUUGAAAUAUUGGAAAACCAACAUGUAAAUAUAUUCCAAGACACAGCAUGGAGUGAAAUUAACAGAUGAAUUCAUUGUCUUUGCCCUUACAUCUUACAAACUGUUCGAAAAUUGCAUUUUCUGUAUGAAAUGUAAUGUAUUGUAUUAAAAAUCAGACACAAUCUUCUGCUUUUAAAUAAAGUAUUCGAUAUUUUAUGAAAA